GGGAGGAUGCACAGAGCGCACCCAGCCUUUCCAGACACCAGUAUGAAGUGAUAGUCUGUGCGUUGUUCUGCUCUGCUUUGCUCUGGAGGCUACUGGGAUGUAUUUUGGAAGAGGGGGUCGGGCAGCAGUGACCCACCAGCAUCACCGCCACUGAGCCUGUGACAUGAAUGCCAAGUAAAAGAGCUCUUUCAAGCGAGCAAACACAAACAGCAGAGGAAUGUGCACAAGUCUGCUGGGCUUCUCAAAAAACGACAUUCUGGACCUUUAUGGACCUACGUCGUUUUGUUUGUAAACACCCAAACUGAACAGAGCAACAUCCAGAUUAUUUAUUCCUAUUUUUUUCUAUGUAAUCUAAGUGAUAUUCUUUUUUUUAUUUUUUAUUUUUGUUUUAAUUUCUGGAGUUGAGGGAGCAGGAUCUGUUGGGAGUGUUCCUCUUUUGUCAAGACAAACUUCUACCAUGGCACUGGUUAUGGAGCCUGUGAGCAAGUGGAGCUCCAGUCAAGUGGUGGACUGGAUGAAAGGCCUGGAUGACUGCCUGCAGCAGUACAUCAAAACCUUCGAGAGGGAGAAAGUAGGGGGGGACCAGCUGCUGCGUAUCACCCACCAGGAGCUGGAGGAUCUGGGAGUGUCCAGAAUCGGACACCAGGAGCUCAUUCUGGAGGCUGUGGACCUGCUCUGUGCUCUGAAUUAUGGGCUGGAGACGGAGAAUUUGAAGACUCUUUCCCAUAAGCUCAAUGCAUCUGCAAAGAACCUGCAAAACUUCAUCACAGGGAGGCGGCGUAGUGGCCAUUAUGACGGGAGAGCUACACGUAAACUGCCUAAUGAUUUUCUUACCUCAGUGGUGGACCUCAUUGCUGCUGCCAAAAGCCUGCUGGCAUGGUUGGAUAGGUGCUCUUUCUUUUUCAGAUCUCCUUUUGCUGCUGUGGCAGAUUACUCCGUUACCAGAAAUAAUGUGAUCCAAUUGUGUCUUGAGCUCACGACAAUUGUACAACAGGAUUGCUCUGUAUAUGAAACAGAAAACAAAAUCCUACAUGUGUGUAAAACUCUGUCUGAAGUCUGCGACCACAUUAUCUCCCUGUCCUCGGAUCCCAUGGUGUCCCAGGCCGCUCAUUUGGAGGUUGUGCAGCUCGCCAACAUCAAAUCCACUGAAGGAUUGGGCAUGUACAUCAAGUCAACAUAUGACGGGUUGCAUGUAAUCACAGGGACGACAGAAGGAUCCCUGGCUGACCGUUGUAAGAAAAUCCAUGCUGGGGAUGAAGUCAUUCAGGUCAAUCAUCAGACAGUGGUGGGCUGGCAGUUGAAGAACUUGGUGAAUUUGUUGCGUGGGGAUCCUGCGGGUGUCACCCUGACGCUGAAGAAACGCCCACAGAGCACGCUCACCUCCACUCCAGCUCUGCUCAAGAACAUGAGAUGGAAACCUUUGGCUCUGCAACCCAUCUUUCCUCAGAGUCCCAGCAGCAGCGUUGCCACGCCCACUAGCACUUUAAGUACUCCAUCCAGGAGGGGAAGCUGCGCUCUGCAGGACCUCUACAUCCCCCCUCCCCCCGCCGAGCCUUACACCCCGAGAGAUGAUAAGGGGAAUCUGCCUGGUGACGAUCCUCAGUCAGAUGUUCAUGUCGCUAAAGGAUCUGAGUCACCAAACUCCUACCUGGACCAGGAGUGUCGGCGGCGCUUUCCUCUGGUGGAGGAGGAUGCUAUAUUGUACUGUUACGAGUACGACCAGAACCAAGAGGUGUCGUCAGUCCGCAGGGGGAGCACUCCCACCUAUGGCAGGCUCAGGCCUAUCUCCAUGCCUGUGGAAUACAACUGGGUGGGAGACAACGAAGACCUGGCCAAGCUGAAGAGAGAGAGCAGGAGAGAGAAUUCCCUGCUGCGUUUUGCGAGUGAAGACAAAGCCCCAGGAGAGGACUUCCUGCUGGGACGCAGCUUGAGCCAGAACAGGAGGAAAACUGAGAGGGGAGGCAGCCCCACCCAUUAUACCCUCGUCCCCGCCCUCCAGAUGGAAGUCUCCCUGUCUACAUCCAGCUCUGACUCUGCAUCUCUCUACCACGUGUUUGAGCGAUCCUCACUGCUGUCAAGGUCAAAAAAGAAAAGUAAAGCUGGGAGUCCCAUGUCUUCAAUCAGUAAGCGGCGGAUUUCCUGCAGGGACUUAGGUCAGGGCGACUGUGAAGGCUGGCUGUGGAAAAAGAAGGAUGCUAAAACCUAUUUUUCACAGAAAUGGAAGAAGUACUGGUUCAUCCUGAAAGACACCUGCCUGUACUGGUACAUGAAUGAGGAGGAUGAGAAAGCUGAGGGUUUCGUCAGCCUCCCAGAGUUCAAGAUCGACCGAGCCACUGAGUGCAGAAGAAAAUAUGCUUUCAAGGCUUGCCAUCCGAAGAUAAAGACAUUCUACUUUGCGGCGGAAAAUGUAGACGACAUGUCCCGGUGGCUGAGUCGCCUCAGCAUGGCGGUGGCAGGCUACUCUGAGCAGGAGAAAAAUCGCCAAGACCAAGAUUACUGGAGUGAGAGUGAUCAUGAUGAUGUGGAGUUGCCACCGAUGCCCAAACAGGACAGUCCACCUCCACCUUAUGACACCUAUCCUAGAGCAUCCUCAGUGAGUCCAUACCUGGAACCAAAACGUGGACAUCUCUCCUCCUCUGACACGUUCCAGUCACGUUCUUCUCAUGAGGAGUUCCACUCAGAGCCCCAGGAAGGAGGAAGCAACAACGGCUUCUCCCCAGGCCAGAAACCAAGCAACCACAGAAACUCAUGGCAGGACCAGAUGGAGAGCAACACAAGGAUGCAGUACCUGCAGACGUUCCCCGUAGAGGGGCCCCUGUUAUCUGACGACAGAGACCAACUGGCGAUGGAGUACCGCAGGCAGUCCACCUUACCUGCACAGAGAAGCCUGUUACAAGAACAAUACAGAGCCCUGCCUCUGCCCCUCAGGUCCAGUAUCGAUGCAGAUAUGGGAGGGAAACCCCGCAGCUUCACACUACCCAGGGACAGCGGGCUGCACGCUAUCCUGGCUGCCACCGCCGCUGCAUCAGAUCAGGGAGAACCCCAGGCCUAUCAGGUGGACCGGGCCCGAGACAUAGGUCAGCCACGUGACUGCAGGAUGCAGGCAGACUCUUUAGGAGAUUUGUACCGGGCUCUGGAGCAGACCAGUUUGUCCACUUCAGCUGACCACAGAUCAGCCAGUCGCCUGGAGUACAAGCGCUCAUUUGUCCGUAGAGUUAAUGAUCCGCUGCUCAACGACAAGCUCCACCGUCUCCGCAUCCUUCAUAGUGCACUUAAGAAUGUCCCUCUUCAAGACACAAACCGAUCAUUGGGCUUUUUAGGCUAGUGUCUGAGGACCAGUGUGUUGAUGAAACCUCAAAAGUAUCGCCUCUGCCUGUGCCUCACACAGCCAGCCUCCCUCCGCUGGAGACAAAAGGCACCAGAAACCAUCCUUCACCUGCUCGGUUCUCCAUCUCCCCUCCUUUUUACCGCUCUUUCAGCUUUGCUCACCGUGCAGGAGCACAGAGACCUGGUGUCCCUCUCAUUCCAAACUCUUUUCAUAGAAGUUAAACACGAUGUCUGGCUUGACAAAACUACUUGCAGAAUCACAGGGUUUAUGACUGAUAAAUGAGCACUUUGUCAGAGACUUGUUGGAGCGCCUCAUAAUUCAUCGCUCACAUGCAUGGCCACUUUCUCUCGUUUCUGUCAAAUGCGUCUGAAGAUGAUGCUGGAGUUGUGUACAGCUGCUCAGUGAGUUUUGAUCAAAGAUUUAAAAGCAAAGGUAUUUUGGAUGUACACAACAUUUUGUUAUGCAUGUGUGUAUGAUUAAAGAGUAUGUUUGUUCUAUGAGUGUACAGGGUGUUAAGUAUAUACAGUAUAUUUAAUAUUACAUGUAUUACAACAACAGUGACUACACAAUGUUUUGAGGUACUUAUACAAAUUGUAAAUCAAGUGCUGUGCCUCAGUGAUUGUGAAUGUACAUUGUACUUUUCCAAGAGAAAUGAGAGAAGGUAUAGACAACAAGCUAUUCCUCAAAACAGAGGCACAGAAAUAUAACGCUUGGCAAUAAUGAACUAGAAAUGUAAAUUAUAAUGGAAUGAGCAGAGUAGUUGUCUAUUUUUGUAUGCAUGCUGUCUACCUGAUUGUUUGUAAAACAGUUUUUGCAUUUCUAAGUGGUCUGGAAAAUACUGGUGUCAGCUCCCCUACAACAUUGUGUUUUUAAGAAUUAUUUUACCAUUUGCCCCAGAAUUAGCAGAAAAUGCUUUUUUAAAUGUUCACAAUAAAAAGAGAAAUAACUGUAUUUAUUAAGUGUUUAAUGUACAAGCAUGCUUUGUAUAACUAAAACACAUUACAUAUUGUAGCUACAUUACUUUUUUAAAUAAAUAAAGUAUGGCAUUGGCACACU